AUUGAGGUGAUGAGCCACAGUCUGCUGACGGACAGAGAUUCCACUUCCUGUCCAGCUGCUCAGGGCGGCAUGUUCCACUUCCUGUCGAAACUGCGCCGCCAUGCCAGCCUGGAGGGAGCCGCUCCGCUGUUCAGCGUCAAGAAGUGGAGACAGGAGACCAUGCAGAGAGCGGCCAGCCUGGACACACGAGGUUCUCCUCGGAGGCGAGUGUUUCAGAGGCAGCGGGCAGCCAGCGAGACUCUGGAUCAGGGAGCAGAAGAAACCUUGCAGAAUGAUGGAGUUGAUCAUUUCCUGAUGAGGAAACCCUGCGUUCAGCCGCAGACGGAGCCGCCAAGACGCCUCUCAGCUGGAUCUUUAGACACCACUGCCGGAGCUCCGUCUGCCCUCAGCAGAUUAGAGGUGGAAGCUGUAAUGGAGCACACAAACAACACGGACACAAGGGCAAAAGACACACCUCCAGUGUUUUCUUCACUUCACAGACCUCUGGAUAUGGAGGACGGAGAGGCGGACGGAAUGGAGAUGGAGGCUGGAGCAUCAGGAGGCGGUGGGGAGGAGUUUGUACCCAUGGGUCAGUUGGAGAGCCUGGAUCAGCCCAGUCUGUACCGUGAUAUCUGGAGUCUGCGCGCGUCUCUGGAGCAGUAUGCUUCCUCAGACUUGAGCAGCAAUGACAGAGACUCUACACGCAGCGAUGCCGACAGCGUCUGCUCCGCAGGAGCCUCCAGAACAGGCAUUCCCAGCUACCAGUCGCAGGACAUCGAUGAUGAUUUGGAUGGGGAGCUGCCGUAUGAUGAUAUGAUAAGGGAUGUUGGACAGAGAAGAAACGGACGAGAGAGUCUGGACUCUGAAAGAGGCAGCGAUGGAGAAACAAACAACCGCAAGCUCCUGCAGAUGGACAGUGGCUACGCCUCGAUUGAAGCUCCAUGCAAAGCUCCAGAGGAACUCAGACUAUUCGGAAGCGGCUCUGGAAAGACAGCGUCUGAGCGACGCCGCUUCUUCACCAAUUCUGGCCGUAAAGGAACAGUUUGUGAGAGUUUUGAAGCGAGGCUUUUUAAAGAGGAGCUGGAGGAUGAGGCAAGUUUGGAGCCAGAGCUUCCAAAGAGCCAAGAGACACAACCGACGACCAAACCUAGGCUACGAUUCCGCCGCCGAGACUACAGCAUCGAUGAGAAGACGGAGGCGCUGUUUAAUGAAUUUCUAAGACAUGAUCCCCAGUUUGACCAACAGGGUUCACCCUCAUUGCGACACCGGCACCGGUCCCGAAUUCAUCUCCGAAAGCAGUGGCAGCGCAGCAAACAGUACAGCGACCCAGGAGCCGCUCGAUACUCACCGUCCCUAGAGCGCCAGCGCUGCUAUCCGCUACGCAGAGGCGACAGUGCCAACUACCCACUGGAUACACGAUACCACAGUACCUUACCUCGCAUCGCUAGUGCAGCAGAUGAGGAGGCCAGCGAGGGAGCAACAGGUACAGAAACACCUGAGAAUGAAAAAGACAGUCUGGAAUCUGGGAAUGAUGGUCCUCCGCUAGAAGAGCCAAGUUCUGGUCCAGACCUGGAGGAAAACGCAAACAACAGCAGCAACAACUUACACCGACAUUUCUUUUCAUCGAAAUCACAGGACAACACUGCCAGGGAUUGUGGGACACCGAAGGACUCUGGAACAACUGUGCAUCCCACAGAUCCACAUACACAGAUAAUAAGUGUGAUUAGUUCACAUGUAGAUACACUCAUACCGGAUUCUGCAAACCCGGAUCAGGACUAUAUUCAUCACACACUUGCCGACAUCAGUCCAUCAGACAAACUGCUGUCCACACUGGACGAUCAGCUCUACUCUGAGCUGAGGACUCAAAGAGCGAGGGAAGAGUGUGUCGUGACUGUAAGCCGCACUUCACCAGAUCUGGAAGACUAAAAUCCUGAAUGAUAAGUACAGGGAUAAAGGCUGUGGCUUUAUCUCUCCGAGAACAGUGAAGUCCUCACUACAGCUUCAACUGAGUUCUAGAACAGUGGUUCCCUAUUCCAGUCUCUGAUCUGCAAAUCUUGUAUGUCUUCCUGAUUCAGAUCGUCAGCUCAUUAACAAAGAAAUCCAUGAACUGAUCCUUGUGUGUCAAGUAAGAGAGACAUACAAAAUGUGCAGGGCGGGGGGUCCAGAGGACCGGAAUUGGGAACUACUGUUCAAGAGGACCUGCAGCGUUUGCCUUCAUUCCUAAUCAGACCCUCCUGUCUGGAGCUUUCCAGUGAUCUUAGGGUGCUUUCACACCUACACUUUUGUUUGGGAACGUGUCUCGUUUGCCCAGUUAGCGCGGUU